CAAAGGGGGGGAGACCAGGAGCCAGAGACACAGAGAGGUCUAGAGAGAGAGAGAGAGAGGGGUGGGGGAUUCGCGGGAGGGAGGGAGGUUUUGGGGGAGAGAUUUGAGUUUUGCUUCGCGCCCGCCCGCGAGGAAGUUCCAGCCAUGGUGUCCGACCAGGAGAUCGCGAGCUGCGUGGAGGCGGUGCUGCGGAGCGCGGGCGCGGGGGAGGGGGCGUCGCUGGCCGCCGUGCUGCAGCGGGCGCAGUCGGAGCUCGGCGUCGACCUCUCGCACAAGGCGCCCUACAUCCGCGACCAGAUGGACCUAUUCUUCGGGCCCCGCCUCCAGCAACCGCCGCCGCCGCCACAGCAACAGCAGCAGCAGCCCAAGCCCCAACAGGCUCCACCGGCUUCCGCGCCCGCGCCCUCGCCUGCCAUGCUGACCCAGGUCCCGCUCCAUGUGCCGCCGCAGCAGCAGCUAGGGACGCUCCAACCCCAGUUCAUCUUCCAGACCAUGCCCCAGCUCCCAGGCGCCACCGCCGCCGCCGCCGCCGCGGUCUCCGCACCGCAGGCCGUGCCGGCCAUGGCCUUCUACCCGCCACCGCCGCUCGCCUUCCGCUACGCCAACAACGCCCUUGGUGGGGUCGCCACUGGCGGGACCGUCUCCUUCCAGCAGCCGGCCCCUGGGGUCGGGGGCACCUCUUCCCCUACGCCUACGCCUACGGCUGGGGCACAGGCCGGCGGCGACAACAAGGAGAGUGCUUCUAAGAGGAAAAGAGGAGGGCCUGGUGGCUUAAACAAAGUUUGUGCAAUUUCACCUGAACUUCAGACAGUUGUUGGUGAGACUGCCAUGUCAAGAACUCAGAUUGUGAAGCAGUUAUGGGCAUAUAUCAGGCAGAAUAACCUUCAAGAUCCUGAUGACAAAAGGAAGAUCAUAUGCAAUGAUGAACUUCGGGUUGUUUUUGAAACUGAUGCCACUGACAUGUUUAAGAUGAACAAAUUGUUGGCCAAGCACAUAACUCCUCUUGACCCAAAAGAUCAAGCAAAGAAAUUUAAGGCUCACAACACAGCUCAAGAAAUGCCUCUUGUUAAUGAACCGUAUUUGGUAGUUUCUGAUGCACUAGCCAAGUUCAUUGGUAUAGAAGGAUCUGUGCCUCAUCAUGAUGCUCUGAAGUAUCUUUGGGAUUACAUAAAAGCAAACCAACUUGAGGAUGCUACAAGUACAUCAAUAAUAUGUGAUUCCAAACUUCAAGAGCUUUUCGGCUGUGCUAGUAUUCUUGCUUCAGAAGUAUCAGAGUUGCUUGCUCACCACUACAUCCAAAGGACAUAGCAUAUCCUCAUUAACUGAUCUAGGAUUGCAGUGGGUGCCAGAUAGGCCUAACUUUACAACAUGGUGUUCUUGACAAAAUGGACAGCGUAGCGUAUGUAUGUCUCCGGUCACCCGGUAUUCACAUUAUGAAUUGUGUCGAAAUCAGAUUAUUUGUGGUAGCCUGUAAUUUGCUCUUAUUGUAAUGGCUACUGCCCAGUAUUUGGUGUAACUACUGAAUUCAUAGUUUUAGUUUCUGAAUGUCAAAAUGUCUUGACUUGACUAUGUAAAGUUAAGCUUUACAUUUGAGUGCCAGGUUUGAAUUAUAAAUUCUUAUAAAAGUUGUUUGCUGAA